AUUAAGUUUAUUUUGUAUAGCCCAAUAUCACAAAUUACACAUUUGCCUCAGAGGGCUUUACGAUCUGUACACAUACGACAUCCCUGACCUUUGACCUCACAUCGGAUCAGGAAAAACUCCCCAAAAAUAACCUUUGACAGGGAAAAAAGGGAAGAAACCUUCAGGAGAGCAAUAGAGGAGGAUCCCUCUCCCCGGAUGGACAGAAGAAUAGAUGUCAUGUGUACAGAAUGAACAGCAUUACAAAGUUACAUAAACACAUUACAUGAAUAUGACAAUGUAUGAAUGGAACUCCAAUCCAUGAAACAGAAGGAGGUAGAGAGGAGGGGGGGCGGGGCAUCAGCAGGGCCAACGCGGGAGGCCAGUUCACCAGCAUCAGACACCUCCAGGUCCAAUGGACCCUAUGAGACGUGAAGUCACAAAGACUCCGGGGAGGAAGCAGAGUUAAUAAGGUGCAAUGGAGAGAUGUAAAUUCAUCCAUAAGGAGAGAGAGAAGAGGAGAGAGGUGCUCAGUGUAUCCUAAAACAUCCCCCAGCAGCCUAUAAGCCUAUAGCAGCAUAUCAAGGGGCUGGACCAGGGCAAACCUGAUUCAGCCCUAACUAUAAGCACUAUUAAAGAGGAAAGUCUUAAGUCUAUUCUUGAAUGAGGUGACUGUGUCUGCCUCCAGGACUGAAAGUGGAAGCUGGUUCCAUAAAAGAGGAGCUUGAGAACUGAAGGCUCUGGCUCCCAUCCUACUUUUUAGGACUCUAGGAACCACAAGUUCAAUUUAUUGAACAAAUACUUGAAAUAAUUCAAUUGAAGGACAGAGCUAUUUCACCACAAAUGGUUUGGCGGUCUGACACUGAAAACGGGUUUAACAGAGUCUUAUAAACAUUCUUUCAUACACAAAUGUCCCUUUUUCUUGCUCGGUUCAUAAUUUAUGCAGUCUUUAUUACAUCAGAUCCAUGAACUUCAAAGUUUAAAAACAGCAUGUUAAUUUGUUCACAAUAUCCUAUAUUGUUUAUUAUCACGUAUGCCAAAUGAGUUUUUUACGUGUUACUCCACUACAGUGAGAAAUCCAGAAUGUUCCUUGUUUUUCUCAAAACUGCAACGCACCUUGCACAUUUAAUUACAUUAUGUCAAACAACCCUUUCAAUCUACUCAUUCCCAUUGCAAUAACCUCCAAAUGCUGUUGCAACAACGAAAUAUUAGUGUCAUCAGCACAUAAAAUAAAUUUCAGUUUCUUUGAUAAUCUGCAUUUAUCAUUUAUGUACAAAAAGAACAAUUUUGGGCUAAUACACUGUUCCUGUUAUUUUUGGUAGUCGUAACUUUUUAAUCAUGCCUACUACUCUCAUCAUAUGAAUCAUUUAUGUCAUAUGCAUUGCCUCUUUUGUGAUUCAGGCUAUACAAAAUAAAUUGAUUGGGCUAAAUUGGUUGAAAAUUGCUUUUCAACCAAUUCAGCCCAAUCACUCUGAUACCAUACCUUUUCAAUUCAUCAAGUGGUAUACUGUGAUCAAUGGUAUUACAAGUUUUGUUUUUAUAUCUAUAAAUACUCCAACUGCAUACUUUUUUGUCUAUACGAUUAGCAAAUUCUUCUCAUAAUUUAAUUAAAAUGGCAUUAUUUCUACUGGUCUUCAGGGGGCGACUCCUCUGGUGGCAAAAAGAAGUCAGAAGUCAUCAGACAGUCUGAUGUCCAGAGAAGACAUACUUACAGUACAUUAGUAAAAGUACACGUACUUUUAAUACAAUAGGAAAAGACAUUCUUCUGUCAAUACUUUGUGAUUUCCCUCCCCAAGUUCAAUUGGUCCAGAAUAGUAAGAUAUAUUUAUAAAUCAUCUACUCCAGUGCUGGACAGUUUUGAAAUGAUUGUACUUCCAUCCAUCCAUCCAUUUUCAAUACCGCUUAUCCUCAUUAGGGUCGCGGGGCGCUGGAGCCUAUCCCAGCUGACAUAGGGCGAAGGCAGGGGACACCCUGGACAGGCCGCCAGUCCAUCGAGGGCACAUGUACACAUAAUAUUCCAGUAAUAUGAACAUAUAUUAUUGUGAAAUGGGCUAUUCUAAAUUAUGAGUACUUUUACUUUAGAUAAUGUGAGUAUAUGCUCAAACUUUUGUUUGAGUAAGAUUGUGAAUGCAGGACUUUGACUUUUAAAGUAAAAACUCUUUAGUGUACACAAUGAUGUCUCUAGAGUUCAACGGUAGAAGACUAAUCUAAUGCGAGGAUGUUGUAACAUAUCAACAAUUGUUAUCAAGUAUUAUACCCACAUUGUUCAGUCUCAAGUCUAUUAUUUUGUAGCUUGUUUAAAUGUGAGGUAGAGCCGGAUGUGACGUCACUCUUCUGUGUACACCAGCUGAUCAGAGCGAAAACGCAGAUCCGUCAUUCCUGUCGUGUUGUCGUGUUGUGAUCUCCGGGACCACCGGAGCACUUCGCACGAGCCGCUGACGUCCAGCGGGAAACUGCAGCGCGUGCAGCGGACAGCGGAGCUCGCGAGGCCUGUUCGUUCCGGUGGACAGCGAGGCCUACCUGCGAUGCUAAGCUAGGUAGCUAGCUGUCACCGUUAGCACGGUUCGUGAAUGUGACGGAAGCGAACGGCCCGGGACAACCUUCCCAGCUCCAGUCGAACAAACGACGCAGGUCUGACAGAUAUGUUAACGUAGAGAAUCACGGUGUCCGUCGUGAAUGGGUAACGGUAACGGUAACGGUAACGGUAACGGUAACGCAGCAAGGUGAGCGCAGCCUGAGAAGCGCGCCCACUUGUCACUCCCACUCCAUGACAGAGACAUUGCUCUGCGGCAGCAGCGCUCUGGUCCGGCUGUAAGAUGUGGCUGAAGCUGUUCUUCCUGCUCCUGUACUUCAUAGUGCUAUUCAUGCUAGCGAGGAUCUUUGAGGCCGUAGUUUGGUAUGAGACCGGGAUGUUCGCCACGCAGCUGGUUGAUCCCGUCACUCUCAGUUAUAAGAAGCUGAAGACCAUCCUGGAGUGUCGAGGGCUGGGCUACUCCGGACUGGCCGAGAAGAAGGACGUCAGCGAGCUAGUCGAGAAAUCAGGAGAGUUGACACAUGGCGAGCUGUACUCGGCCAUCAAGAAGGAGAAGGAGCAGACGGAGGCAGGAGAUGCCGGCACAACACACUUCAGUGGAGAGAUGCACUUCUAUGAAUUAGUGGAGGACACUAAAGAUGGGAUAUGGCUGGUUCAGGUCAUUGCCCAGGACCGGGACGCUCUGCUCAGUCAGUCCAACUGGGGGAAGAUGGUGCAGAAAGUGUCUCAGUUUGGGAUCAGAACUGGAACCUUCAACUGCUCUAAUGACUACAGGUCAUGUAUCAAGCGUGGAUGGCAGCGCUCCACUCUGAUCAUGUCCGUUCCCCAGACCUCGGCAUCAAAGGGUAAAGUAAUGCUGAAAGAAUACAACGGCCGUCGCAUUGAAACGGAGCACAUCUUCCGCUGGAUGACCUCCCACGUGGCUCAUCGAAUCAAAACCCUGCGUCAGUCUGAGCAGCUGGUGGAGGAGUGGCGCUCUGACCCGGCCCACCCGGUGAAGAUGUUUCUGUUCGCCCGUCUGUCCCAGCCGCCCGCCUUCUUCUCUGCGCUGUCGGUCAAGUUCACCGGCAGGAUUGAGUUCAUCUUCGUGGAUGUACGUCGCUGGGACAACCACAGCAUCCUAUCAGAGAUUGGUGUGACACAGAGCCCCGCCUACAUUCUCAAGAUGCCUGAGGGCAUCUAUCGCUAUGGCAACAGUACGGGGGAGUUCUUGUCCCUGGCUGCCAUGGAUACUUUCCUACGAUCCAUCCAGCCCGAGGUCAAUGAUCUGUUUGUCCUCAGUCUGGUCCUGAUCAACUUGCUAGCCUGGAUGGACCUCUUCAUCACACAGGGAGCAACAGUGAAACGAUUUGUAGUUCUGAUCCGCACACUUGGAACCUACAACUCCAUCCUGCUGGGGUCCUGGCUUCCGGUUCUGGCUCUCCUCCAGCUGCCCUAUCUGGAAACUCUGUAUGGUUGUAGUCUGAAGCUGCUUCGGUAUACUGACACCACCACAUUGGCCAGCCUGGUGAGAGCUGACUGGACCUUCUACUCGUCCCACCCAGCUCUCUUCCUGUCCACCUACCUGGCCCACGGCCUGCUGGUCGACUACUUUGAGAAGAAACGCCGCUGUGGCAUCAGGAGCCAAGAGGACAGCACCACCAACCUGGAGUGGCUGGCCAGUCUGUGGGACUGGUACACUUCCUAUCUGCUCCACCCAAUCGCAUCGCUGCAGCAGGUCCCGUCUGACCACUCCGACUGGGACGAUGACCACAACUUCUUAUUGGAGCGUUUGGCUUUCCCCGACCUCUGGCUUCGCCCUUUAGUAAACGUGGACUAUAUUAACGCCCUGCCAACCUGGAGGUUCAGAGCUGUUGGGGAGGACACUGGGGAGGGGGAUGAGGAGACAGAUGGUUUACAUUCAGACACAGAGAGCAGGGAGCAGAUGGAUUCCCCUCCACAUAGCAGCAGUCAGGAGUGCAACAACAUGGACGCCAGCAGUAGCUGUCAGUCAUUCUGCUGUCGGCAUGGGAACAGAGGCUCACCAUCCGCCAACGGGUCACUGAAGGACGGCUGCCCCUGUGAUUGGUCGGUGUGGCCCUGUGGCGUGCUGCACUGCUCCGAGUGUGUGGUGUGUCUGGAGAAUUUUGUGGGCGAGGAGCUGCUGAUGGGUCUGCCCUGUGGCCACGCCUUCCACCAGCACUGCAUCGUGGUGUGGCUGGCAGCAGGCAGACACUGCUGCCCCGUGUGCCGCUGGCCCAGCUACAAGAAGAAACAGCAGAGAGCUGCACAGAGCUCUGCUGAGGUCCCACUGCAGGGCUGAAGGACAACACUCCUGUGUCAUCACAGCUUGAUUGGGGGAGGAGUUCAGAGGAAACAUAACCAGGACUGCGUUGGUCAUCAAUCGGCUUGCUUUCAUUACCGUUGAAGGUAAUAUGCUGUCCAUUAUUUCAGACGGAUGAAUCUAUGGUUUCUGCGUAGGAAGGAUGUGGAUUCACAGUAACUGUUGGGGAAGUCGCAGCAAACUUCAUAGUGCAAUAAAAACAUCUUUCUGGUUUUGCCUUCUUUCACCCAGAAACAUCAGUGAGAUUUCUUCCACAUGGUGUUGGGUUUUCAGGCUGGACAAGAAGUCUAUUUUAUUUAAUGCUUAUCAACUGUCUACACUAACUGCUCCUUCCUGUAUCAUGACUGGCUGCAAAUGCAAACACCCCCAUGCUGUAUGUGUGUGUGUGUGUGUGUGUGUUGUAUUUAGAACUUCUCUAUCAAACCCUCCCAUUGGUCAACACAAGAAAGAAGUACUACGAUGAAUCGGUCAGCACAACGGUACCAUGAAUGUUGGGUGUGUGAUAUCACACUCAGGUCCUUCUGCUUCUGAAGGUGUUGACAUGGCCCCACUGUCAACGCCUCACAAUCUAAAUCUUGACACAUAUUUAUUGUGAUGAUCCACAGAAUAUGCUUAAAACAAGUGUCCUGCCCCGCCCCAUGAAUAGUCUCUACCUGUAUCUAUCUGCCCCAUCCCAUCCCAUAGUUUGUGCCUCUAGUGCAUUUAACACUUAGUGUUGGAGCUGUCAUUUAGAACCCAAACACAUCCAGUUGUUUUUAGGUGAGCAUACAAAGUACAGCAUGCUGGUCAUAGUGAGGAUGGAGGUGUGUGUGUGUGUGUGUGUGUGUGUGUGUGUGUGUGUGUGUGUGUGUGUGUGUGUGUGUGUGUGUGUGUGUGUGUGUGUGUGUGUGUGAAGCAUUGUGAAAACACACGUUAGAGGCUGCUCACAUGCACACUGACCUGCUGGCAUUAUUACAUUAUCACCACAAUUGUCUUUGGUUGAAGAUGUUCUAUGAAAGUUUCACAUAUAUGAAGGAAUCCUAAAGGUUGAAGAAGUGUAAGCAACAUUCUGCAUGGACUCACCAGAAUACGAGACCUAGUCAACGUGGUAUUUGAGGAGCUAAAGAAAUGUCAUGGAAGCUAUAAUAUAAUGUUCUAAUAUAAGAGAUGACUGCCUCUGGAUGUGACUUUUGAUCAUGGCCACAAGCCAUGUGUCAGGCUAGCUACAUGACUAAACCAACCCAAUUAAAGCUGCACUAAUCAACACUUUAUAUUUCCAGGAGGUCACAUGACUCUAAUGUAAAAAGUGUAGUAGUGACAAACACAGAAUUAUAAGCCGUUAGCUUGUCCUUUCAACUGAAAUGACCUUAAAGCUCUAAUCAGUCAUUUCCAGUAGCAGCACACGAGCUGCUCAUCAGCUGACAGCAGCCAGACAGAGACGAGCUGGUGAAGAGCUAGAGACCGAUGGAGCUGGUAGAGACCAAACCAGAGCUAAAAGGACAGAACAUUGGAUCCAAAGCACUGCACGGGGUGUGGAUUCACCAUAAUCAACUUUAUAGGUUGAUGAUGUGUCAGAUGUUGUGUUGAGUUUGCCCAAGAAAUAAAUGAAUGCACCUAUAACAACACAGUGGUAUUAUUUAAUCAUCAUGUAUGACUGACCGUAAACAACGAUUUGACAUUUCUCAACACUACAGUGCAGUUGUAUCAUCUUUAUCAGGACAUGGACACGUCACGCUGCCUUGACCUCGGCUGAGAUGGAGACUGAUCAGUGGCGAGCACGUCGUCCUGCCAUCACUAGCCCAUCAUGUGACCUCGGGCUACACACUUAACCCCAAAUGGCUCCCGCCUACUGUGUGAAUGUUAGCUGCUCCUGGUGGGCAGGGUGUUAGUGUGUUAGUGGGUGAAUGGGUGAAUUGUUUAAUGCGCUUUGAGUGGUCUGAAGAUUAGAAAAGUGAUGGAUAAAUUAUGUGAAAAUCCAGAUGAUAUUUCUUUUAAAGUCUGAUUUUCUAUUUUGGUUUCUCUUCAGAAUGAUCUGAUGGUGUGUGGGACUCUUGAAUUAUAGAACCCUUUGAUGUGCUCUCAUUGGGCCUCAGCAUAACCCCAUGUUCACGGUGUAGCAGAUGUGAUAUGAUACAUUGUCAUUUUGUUUGGGAAUCUGCGGCUAUAAACCACAAUAUCCACUGACUUCAUGAGAGGUUAUCAAUACAAAUCUAGUUUUGAGAGCUUUGUUCUCUCAGCUGUUUUAUUAUAUGCCAUAUAGAAUCCCUGUACUGUUGAAAUAAAGCUGAUUUGAAAGCGGUGCUUAU